CUAGGUUGAUGAGCCUAUUCCACAAGGUCUCAUGACUCCACACAUGUGAAGUGAAAUCUGCCAGGUGGGGAUCAUUUGACGUUUGCUAUAAAGGAAGCAUGAGGAGUAUGGGAAGACUUGCCACUCUAGGGGAGUAUGAGGUUCAGGUUACUUAGGGUGCUUUUCUGCUGUCCUGGUGAAAUGGAAUCAGUGUUUCUAAGUAGGCUGCUUUUUUCAUCGUGUUCUCUACAAGCUCUGUGAAAUAGUUUGGGACAAUCUAUGAGCUAGUAACAUCGGUGGUGACUACUCAGAACAGGAAAACCCUGGUGGUGCUACUUCCCCAUGAAGUUAUUUGGUAGUAGGUAAAAUUCAGAAGCUGGCAGGUCUGCCAGUAGCUGACAGAGUAGAAAGGUGUGCCUCUCUCUCUUUUUUGUGUAGAGUUAGAGGCAAGCCUGAUAUCCAGCCAAGAUGGACAAAGGAGAAGGACUAGGACAAAGCCUGGGAGGAAGACUAUGAGCCUUCAGCACGAGAGACCCCCAGAGGGACCACCGGGGACUGAUACGCAUGUGCCAGUGGGAGGGUUCGGAAUCCGGGAACUAAUUAUAAUAACCCUGUCUUUUCUAGCAGUAGUAAUGAACAUGUAUUAGCCUAGGAGCACAAAAAGCUGCCGCUUGAUGUGCGUGUUGGAGGAGCCCAGACUCCCCGCGCACCCAGCGCUCUUUACUUGCCUUUUAUUAACCCCAUAAAUAGAUCUCAUAAAGCUAAGUUGACUUGGAAUUUAUAACAGUAUGAUGAAAACUGUUGCACUCCAAGUUGGGAAGGGGAGAGGAAAAUGCUCAUGUAUACGUGAGAAUUGUACUCAAACAGCUGAUUACACCUUUGCAUACACCUUUUAAGGGAAAUCUUUAAACCUGAGAAGCAACAGGCAGUUUUCUAUGUUUCCUGAUAUGAUAACAUGAUAUAUGAUAUUGGUAUGAUAUCAAAGGAUGAUAUCAUACCUGUAGUCUGCUGCAGGCUGAAAAGUAGCCUGUGCCUCAGGCUACUUUUUAUGCCUUUUUUUUAUGCCUUUGCUUUUGUUACUACAUCCCUGUAAGUCUUCAAAAGGGAAAUGAAAUUAUCCUCCCCAGAAGAAACACCGUCCGGAAGACACUUGAGUUGUUAGGGCCUGAAUUCUCACUGAAACCAAAGGCAGGGAUCUUGCUGAUCUGAAGAAAGAGGCUUUAAUCUCUUACAUGUCUUUUGUAUUUAAUUCAUUAGGUCAACUCUAACCACUAAGCCCCUUAUCAGGUUAUUUCUAUUAGCAAUAAGGAGCAAUUGAACCUUAAACAUUGAAACCUAGGCUGAUGAGCCUAGUUCCACAAGGUCUCAUGACUCUACACAUGUGAAGUGAAAUCUGCCAGGUGGGGAUCAUUUGACCUUUACUAUAUAGGAAGCAUGAGGAGUUAUGGGAAGAAUUGCUACUCCAGGGGAGUUUGAGAUUCAGGUUACUUAGGGUGCUUUUCUGCUGUCCUGGUGGAAUAGACUCAGUGUUCCUAAGUAGGCUGCUUUUUCUUUGUGCUUUUUACCAUCUCUGUGAAGUAGUUUUGGACACUCUAUGAGCUAGUAACAUCAGCAGUGACUACUCAGAACAGGAAAAGCCUGGUGGUGCUACUUCUUCGUGAAGUUGUUCGGCAGUGAGUCAAAUUCAGAAGCUGGCAGUUCCAGGAAGAUGUAACAGAGGCAGUGAAAUUUGUUCUGGCGUAUUCCACUGACUGGUUGGUGCUGGUUGGAACACUUGGAAUUAGGCCUUGAGCUUUACUCACCUAAGGUGUGGUGGUGAUGCGUUGGUAGACUGAAAUCUGAGGCCCUGGGGAAGGAGGUGGCACUGCUUAUCCAUGACUUUUACGGGCACCUCAGCGACAGCAGAGAGAACGAGACCGGUAUCUCCUUUCAACUUGCUGACUGUAAAAAUACUAAGAGUGAGGAACGUACGGAAGGCAGACUUACUCACCCUUUCAGAUUGCUAUGUGACGCUGUGGUUGCCUACUGCCUCAACUGAGAAAGUUCGCACCAGAACCAUCAGAAACAGCAAAAACCCAGUCUGGAAUGAAGCUUUCUGCUAUAAGAUUGACCGACGAGUCAAGAAUGUACUGGAGCUAAAGGUUUGUGAUGAAGACACAAUCACCAGGGACGAUGAACUCUGCACAGUUCUCUUUGACAUAGAUAAACUCACCGUAGGACGUACUGUUCGAGUGAAGUUUCAGCUGAAUCCACUGGCACGUGAGGAACUGGAGGUGGAGUUCACAUUGCAGAACACUUGGGACUAUCCUGAUGGCAUCAUUACUAAUGGAGUACUAGUGGCACGUGAGGUUUCCUGUUUGGAGGUUAGAGUGGAUACAGCCAAGCUGAAGCAGCAAUCCACAAAUCAGGAGCUUAUGUUUACAGUGAAAGGAUCCCAUGAAGGAAGCCAGAAGAUUUCACUGGGCUCUGACCCUGGUCUUCAGAACAUCGUAUUUCACUGCGUCAUAAAUGAUCAGACAAGACUGGAUAUCACAUUACCAGAAGAGCUGGCAGAUAAAAAUGAAACACAGAGAUAUGGGGUCCUUUCUUUCCCUCUGAAUUCACUCCCUUUGCAGAAGGAAAUAAUAGUAGAAGAGGAUCAGUCCUUUGAGGUGUGCUUGACAGCAAGAAAAUGCUCAGGAGACCUGGAUGUGCGCUUGGGAUUUAGUCUGUGCAUGGAGGAACAGGACUUCCUGCGGAAAAGGAAGAAAUAUGUUGCUGCUGCUCUGAAAAAGAUUCUUAAUUUGGAGGAAGAUCUGAAAGAGCAUGAGGUGCCAGUGGUGGCCAUCACGACUACUGGGGGAGGGACAAGAUCACUGACAGCAAUGUAUGGCAGCCUACUGGGACUCCAGAAACUCAAUCUGUUAGACUGUAUUUCCUACAUCGGUGGUUUAUCGGGUACCACAUGGACAAUGGCAAACCUGUAUGAAGAUGCUAAUUGGUCACAAAAGUAUCUGGAAGAGGCGAUCAAGGAAGCUCGCAAGCAAGUAACCAAAAACAAGAUCUGCUGUUUUAGUCUGGACUGUCUGAAGUACUAUUAUAAUGACUUGAUGGAGAGGACUAAGGAGGGACAUAACACAUCUUUUAUAGACCUGUGGGGGCUUGUCAUUGAAUCCAUGCUACAUGAUAAGAAAGACGAACAUAGACUCUCCGAUCAGCGGCAGGCAGUGGAUAAUGGUCAGAACCCAUUGCCCAUCUACGUGGCCAUCAACCUCAAGUCCAACUAUAGUGCUCAGGCAUUCAGAGAGUGGUUGGAGUUCACUCCUUAUGAAGUCAGUCUCCUGAAAUACGGAGCGUCUAUUCCUGCAGAACAUUUUGGAAGUGAGUUCUUUAUGGGAAGGCUAGUGAAGAGGCUUCCAGAGACUCGGAUCUGCUACAUGCAAGGCAUGUGGAGUAGUAUAUUUUCCAUAGAUGUGAUGUAUGUCUGGAAUUUGGCUGCUGAUUCAGAGGACUUCUGGUGUAGGUGGACCAGAGACAGAGUAAAAGAUAUCGAGGAAGAACCCUUUCUGUCCAUGAAUCCUUACGAGAUUGACACAUGUCUACUCACUCCCUCAUCCACUCUCUCCUCUGCUCUGAGAGAUGUCUUAACAGGACGCCCAACAAUUGCACAGUACCCCAAUUUUAUCAGAGGCUUCCAGAUGCACAGCAAGUACCUGGAGAGUGAUGGAUUCUCUACUUGGAAAGACACAGUGAUAGACUCCUUCCCAAAUAAGCUGAUGGAAACAGCAGAUGAUGAGCUCUCCCUGGUUGAUACGGGAUUUUUCAUCAAUACCAGCUACCCACCACUUUUGAGAUCAAAAAGGGAGGUGGAUGUCAUCCUGCAUUUAAAUUACAGUGGAGGGUCCCAGACGCUGCCUCUGGACCAGAUUGCAAAAUACAUAUCGGGGCAAGGAAUUCCAUUUCCCAAAAUUGAAAUAAGCGAGGAAGACAGGGAAAACUUGAAGGAAUGCUAUGUGUUUGAAGAUUCUGACAGUCCACAUGCUCCAACGGUGCUGUUUUUUCCCCUAGUAAAUGACACCUUCAAGAAUUACAAAGCUCCUGGUGUGGAAAGGAGCCCUGAAGAGAUGUCUGAAGGCAAAGUUGAUGUCUCCACGAUUCUCUCCCCAUUUACAACAAGGGAGGUGUGCUUCAGUGAAGAGAAUUUUGACAAACUGGUGAAGCUGACUGAUUACAAUGUCCUGAAUAAUGAGAAGUUGAUUAUUCGGGCCUUGCGCAUGGCAGUGGCACGGAGGAAGCAGAGAAACUAUUAGCCAUCAUCUGCUAGUUUUAACCUUUCAAAUGCAAUAUUUCUGGGGUUGUCUGUGAUCUUGUGAGAUUAAAAUGUUUGAUACUUGACACUUUAAUGUGUAGUAGAAAAUGUGUCAUCCUGAGGACUUGCUGAACUUCAAUUCCUCCUAUUUGACUGUUCAGAUGAACAUAUUGAAACUUGUUUUUGAUUAAACCACUGUAAAUUACAAAGCAGCAUAUUUACAUUUAGUUUUGUUACCUUGUUACUUUACUAAUGGAGAUAUAUUCCAUAUAAUUUAACAUCAUGUUUUCUGAGAUAAUGAAAUAUCGUAGCACAUUAAAAAUGUGAAUCAAACCAGUAUUCAUAUGUGUUUUUCUGUUCAGCAGAACAGCAAUCCCUUGAACAGGAGUUUCGCUCAUUGAUAGCUAAUCCAUUGUUUGUUAUUGCUUAUCUUAAUUAUUGACACCCUAAAACUUGUUAUAUCUGAUGUGUUUGUCUACUAUAAAUUUUUUAAUUCAGCUGUCUUUCUUCACCUGUCUUUGAAAAUAAGCUUUUUUUCAAGUUACAAUCAGUGUUAAAAUAUACAGACUUUUCACCAUCCAUUAAAAAAUAUUAAUCAA